UAGAAUAAAUAAUAAUAUUGUGAUGCACAUAAGUAUCCCUUUGAGUCUAGGAGACAAAUACUGACGUUGGUCAUUGUGCUCAAAGAAACACAUUUGGGUAAUAUUUAUUCAUCGCUAAGAUCUUCCACUAGAAGCAAAAAUGACUACGUUCAGUGUGGUGGAUUAUGUUUUAUUUGCUUUGAUGUUAUGUAUCAGUGGAGCCAUCGGCGUUUACCACGUUAUCCGCAACAAGAACGAGGAAGAACAGUCUUUUCUAUUAGCAAAUCAGAAUAUUUCGCUUAUUCCGAUCGCCAUUUCACUCUUUGUGACAUUUCUCUCCGCUAUUGGAAUCCUAGGCUUCACAGGCGAAGUCUAUACAUUUGGGUUUUCCUACAUAUUAUUUUUUUUAGCAUACAUUUGUGUUUUUUUUAUAUCCACCUUUCUUUACAUACCGGUGUUUUACAAACUGAAAGUUAUUAGCACAAAUGAGUAUCUCGAAAAACGUUUUACACUAGGAGUACGACUCAUGGGUUCAAUAUUGUUUAUCAUCACAUGCACUUUCUACCUUGCAAUUGGUUUAUUUGCACCAGCCCUAGCUAUGGAUGCAGUUUCAGAUCUGCCGAUAGUCGUGUCUGUUGUUAUAACUGGUUUUGUAUGCAUUUUUUAUACAAGUUUGGGGGGCUUCAGAGCAGUUGUUUGGGCUGAUGUAUUUCAAGGCUUUGUUAUCGUCGUUGGGAUGAUUGCAAUAUUUAUAACUGGACUACUGGAAGUGGGUGGAUUUAGAAAUGUUUGGCGGAUCAACAAAGAAAUGAAACGGCUAGAAGUGUUUAAUUUUGAUCCAGAUCCCACAACUCGCACGACAUUUUGGACAUUGUUUGUGGGAGGAACUUUUACUUUACUUUUCCCGUGGUCCGUGAGUCAGCUAUCAAUUUUUUUCUGGCACACAGCAUUUAUUAAUACUCGCAAUCCCAUGAUAUAUAAUACGCUUGUAACAUUGUCAUUAUUGGGAGCAAUGUUUAUAUGUACUGCUGCCACAGUGAUUUUCACCGCUUUUUGCUGUAUCGAUGGUCUUAUUAUUUUCGCUGUUUACCACAACUGUGAUCCAGCAAGAAACAAACAGAUAGCAACAAAUGAUCAGAUUUUACCGUACUUCGUUGUCGAUAAGCUGGGACAUCUUACCGGUGUACCUGGGCUGUUUAUUUCAGCAAUUUUUAGUGGAGCAUUAAGUACGAUCUCAUCUGGUAUCAACUCGGUAACUGCUGUUAUUUUGGAGGACAUUGUUAAGAAAAUAAACAAAAACAUCUCAGAUUUCAGAGCAACGUGCAUUUCUCGCAUCAUUAGUGCAGUGUAUGGAAUUGUAGUGAUUUUAGGAGCAAUUUGCUUGAUUUAUUCCAAUGCACCAUUGUUGGUUCAGUUAACAGGAAGCUUAAUUGGCAUCACUGCUGGACCACUAUUGGGACUGUUUACUUUAGGAAUGUUAUCCAAAAAAGCCACUUGGAAGGGAGCGUACAUUGGUACUGUAAGCUCGCUAAUAUUUGUUGGAUGGAUUUACGUUGGUAGCAUUUAUUACCCUCCCAUCAGUGAAAGACCUCCAGUAUCAAUUGAUGGUUGCGAUGUUGGAAAUGUAUUCAAUGGUACAAAUGGGUUGAGAAACAAAAUUUCUCCUUUCAAAAAUAUGACCGUAUCUUACAGAAACCCUUUGGCGAAGUUUUACGGGCUGUCCUUUUUCUACUACGGUGCUGUCGGCUUGUUUGUGACGAUAAUAAUUGGCUACGUGUUCAGUGUUAUCUUAGCAAUCUGGGAUGAAGAACAAGUUAUCAUGGAUGAUGAUCUUUUGUUUGAGUUCCACAAUCUAUUUAAAAGGAAAACGGAGAAAAUGAUACCACGUGAAUAUGAAGAAAGCCUCGUAAAAACAAGCCGUCUUUAAGUAUGAUUGCAUUUCAAGCACUCAUUUAAUGUUUAAAACAGAAUGUAAAAUUCCUUAAUGGAUGGUUGCAUCAGUGCUAUAUGCAGCUAAGAAUUGAUCUUAAUGCCGGGCUGCAUUAGUCUAGAAUAUCAAGGAUUGUUUGUAAUGCUUUCAGAAUUUAUGGUAACACAAUAGUUUUGUUUUAAGAAGUAAAAGGUAAGAAAUUCUUUCUCUUGGAAA